CGAGGUUGUGGAGAAGAGAGAGCAUAAGCAUUCUGUAAUCAGUCCUCAACCCUCACCGCCUGGAGAUAGUUUGGUGCAUCUUGUGUGUACUUGGAAUAUUCUCGAAAAAAUGAGUACAACACGGCUGCUGCUGCUUCAAAAGCUGUCCAGGUCGUUGCUGUCCAACCGAAAGGUGGCCACCAAUGCAGUCGGACUGGCCAACCGCACGUGGAGCGCCGCCGGGACGCCGGUUCACCGGGCCUUCCCGACGACGUUCCGCCCAAUCCGUGCCUUCUCGACGGAAGCGGCGUCCGACGAAAAGCCGUCCGGCUAUCACUCGAUAAUCCGCGACUCGGAGAAGGCCGUCGGCGAGAGUGACAAGCACGAGUUCCAGGCGGAGACGCGCAUGCUGUUGGACAUUGUGGCCCGGUCGCUGUACUCGGACAAGGAGGUUUUCGUGCGGGAGUUGGUUUCGAACGCUAGCGAUGCGCUGGAGAAGUUCCGGUACACGAUCCAUACGGCCGGGGAGGGGGAGAAGGACUUUACCGAGCAGGAUCGGGCGCUGGAGAUUCACAUUGGGACGAACAAGCAGGACCGGGUGCUGUCGAUUCAGGACACCGGGAUUGGGAUGACCAAGGAGGAGCUGAUUGCUAAUUUGGGGACGAUUGCGCGGUCCGGGUCGAAGCACUUUUUGGAGCAGGUCAAAGAAAAGGGCACCACCACGGAAAACGCCCAGAACAUCAUCGGCCAGUUCGGCGUCGGGUUCUACUCCGCCUUCAUGGUCGCGGAUCGCGUCGACGUGUACACCAAAUCCUCCAAGAUCGACUCGGUCGGCUAUAAGUGGACCUCGGACGGUUCGGGCAACUUUGAAAUUCAGGAGGCGGAGAAUGUUCGGGUUGGCACGAAGAUUGUGAUCCACUUGAAGGCUGAUUGUCGGGAGUUCUCGGACGAGGAUCGCAUUCGGGAGGUGAUUCGCAAGUACAGCAAUUUUGUGGGGAGUCCGAUCUACUUGAACGGGAAGCAGGCGAACCAGAUUCAGCCGAUUUGGCUGAUGGAACCGAAGGACGUGACGCAGGAUCAGCACAACGAGUUUUAUCGGUUUGUGGGGAAUACUUUUGAUACGCCGCGGUUUACGCUGCACUACAAGACGGACGUUCCGUUGAGCAUUCGGGCGUUGUUGUAUUUCCCUGAGGGAAAGCCGGGGUUGUUUGAGAUGUCGAGGGAUUCGGACGUUGGAGUGGCGCUUUACACGAGGAAGGUGCUGAUUCAGAGUAAGACGGAGAAUUUGCUGCCGAAGUGGUUGAGGUUUAUUAAGGGCGUGGUUGAUUCCGAGGAUAUUCCGCUGAAUUUGAGUCGUGAGUUGCUCCAGAACAGUGCGUUGAUCAGGAAGUUGAGGACGGUUCUGACGAACCGUGUGCUGCGCUUCUUGCACGAUCGCUCUACUAAGGAUCCGGAAAAUUACGACAAGUUCUACAAGGAUUACGGUCUAUUCCUGAAGGAGGGAAUCGUCACAAGCCAGGAACCGAAUGAGAAGGAAGAGAUUGCCAAGUUGCUCCGAUUCGAGACUAGCAAGCAAGAGGACAAGAGGAUCAGCCUCCCAGAGUACUGCAACCAGCAGCAGGAAGGUCAGAAGGACAUUUACUACCUGGCCGCGCCCAACCGAACCUUGGCCGAGGCCUCUCCGUACUACGAAUCGCUCAAGAAGAAGGGCAUCGAAGUCCUGUUCUGCUACGAAGCGUACGACGAGCUGGUCCUGAUGCAACUCGGCCAAUUCCUCGGCAAGAACCUCGUCUCCGUGGAGAAGGAAAUGCGACGAUCGGAGAAAUCCGAAGACUCCGCCGACCAACUCAUCGAAGGAUCCCUGCUCAAGACCCAAAUCGACGAGCUGAUUCCGUGGAUCAAGCAAAAACUGACCGGCAAAGUAACCAACGUCAAAACCACAACCAAGCUGGACUCGCAUCCGUGCGUCGUGACGGUGGAGGAAAUGGCCGCCGCUCGGCACUUUAUCAAGACCCAGAGCCACAACAUGAGCGAGGAGAAUCGGUACGCGCUGUUGCAGCCCCAGCUCGAGAUCAACCCGAAGCAUCCGAUCGUCAAGAAGUUGUUCAAGCUGACGCAAUCGGAUCCGGAGCUGGCGGAACUGCUCGCCAAGCAGCUGUUUUCCAACGCAAUGGUUGGGGCUGGGUUGGUGGACGAUCCGCGCAUGUUGCUGACCAGUAUGAACGAACUGCUGGAGAAGGUGCUGGAUAAGCAUUAGAUGUGGUGGGGGAAUUUAAUCGUUGGACUGUGCAUUCGUUUAGGAGAUAGGGACGUUGAUCGUAUUAAUGUGGAAGAUGAUGUGGAAUAAAGAUGUACUGUAAUACUUAA